AAUAUGCUGCCAAAUUUCCCGGGACGGACCCGCUCUCCUCCGUCCACUGUCACUGCCGUAUCCCCGGGCACUUUUUUCCUCCAAAGGCUUCACAUUUUGGCUUUUCCUACGCUGUCGUGUGCUUUUCUGCUGAUGCGGCAGUCCGGUCUUCCCAGCUCUCUCCAUUAGCACCUGUGCUGCAACUUAGCUUCACCUCUCCACUGUUAUUUUCAGCAUGCCUUGGUCAAACUGUCAGCCCAGGAUUUUACUGCCCAGCUGCGGUUUGGUGCCGCGCUCCCACGGGCUGCACCGAUCGACUCUGAAAACCUACACCAUGAGGAUACGGAUGUUGACCAAGACAACAUAGUCCAUCAAUAUUUCAAGAAUUGUGUAAAGCGAUAACAGUAUUAAAGCCGUGUCGUGGUGGGUGGCCGCCAGGUGUCCACGUUUGCUUCUUCACAACUCCAAACAGGUGACAGUCCUGAGAAGACCUGCUGCAUGAUGAAGAUGAUUAUGGGUAAGAAGAUGGGCUGGGGGGCUCUGUGCAGCUCCUGGCCCUAAUAGGAGCCUGUUCACUCUGAUCUACUACGUGCAUUUGACGUCGCUGCCUCCUCCUGUCCCGCCCGCAGCAGGAAGGAUGACUGUGGUGUCCACUGAGAAUAUGGACGAGACGUCCACCCUGCCAGGGCACCCGCAGGACCCGUACCCCCCCGACCAUGACCUCGAGGAGCAUGACUGCUGUGAGCGUGUGGUCAUCAACAUCUCAGGGCUGCGCUUCGAGACACAGCUCAAAACACUGGCCCAGUUUCCAGAUACGCUUCUGGGAAACCCUAAGAAGAGAAUGCGCUACUUUGACCCCCUGCGAAAUGAGUAUUUCUUUGACCGCAAUCGGCCCAGUUUUGAUGCCAUCCUGUACUAUUACCAGUCAGGUGGUCGGCUCAGAAGGCCAGUCAAUGUGCCACUAGAUAUGUUUUCAGAAGAAAUCAAAUUUUAUGAAUUGGGUGCUGAAGCCAUGGAAAAGUUCCGGGAGGAUGAGGGCUUCAUAAGGGAGGAGGAGCGACCACUGCCAGAGAAGGAGUUCCAGAGACAGAUCUGGCUCCUGUUUGAACAUCCAGAGAGCUCGGGGCCCGCACGGGGGAUUGCCAUAGUCUCUGUGAUGGUCAUCCUCAUUUCCAUUGUUAUAUUUUGUUUGGAAACGUUACCAGAACUGAAGGAGGAUCCGAGAGAUCGAGUACAUACUGUGGGCAACACCACUUUAUAUUACCAUCCAAAUGUCCUCACUGACCCGUUCUUUGUGGUGGAGACACUCUGCAUUAUCUGGUUUUCUUUUGAACUAAUAGUCCGAUUUUUUGCAUGUCCCAGUAAGGCUGCCUUCUUUAAAAACAUGAUGAACUCUAUUGACAUUGUGGCUAUCAUCCCAUACUUUAUUACAUUGGGAACAGAGCUCGCUGAUGAUCAAGAAAACAGAGAGAGCAAGGGUGGAGGAGAACAGGCCACUUCUUUGGCUAUACUCAGGGUCAUUCGCUUGGUCAGGGUCUUCAGGAUUUUUAAAUUGUCCCGGCACUCUAAGGGGCUGCAGAUUUUGGGGCAGACUCUAAAAGCCAGCAUGCGAGAGCUGGGCUUGCUUAUUUUCUUCCUUUUCAUAGGUGUAAUUUUGUUCUCCAGUGCUGUCUACUUCGCUGAGGCUGAAGAGAAGGAUUCCUUUUUUACUAGCAUCCCGGACGCAUUCUGGUGGGCCGUGGUUUCCAUGACCACAGUGGGAUAUGGGGACAUGUACCCUGUCACCAUCGGGGGUAAGAUUGUGGGCUCACUAUGUGCUAUAGCAGGAGUACUGACCAUCGCCCUACCCGUACCUGUUAUUGUGUCCAACUUUAACUACUUCUACCACCGUGAGACCGAGGGCGAGGAGCAGGCCCAGUUUCUGAAUGUGAGUCAGCAGAACCUGGCCUCAGAGACCAACUCGAGCCGCCGCAGCUCCUCUGUGGUCAGCAAGUCCGAAUACAUGGAGAUAGACGAGGAUAUGAACAACAGCAUCGAUAACUUUAGGGAAGCCAACCUGCGAACUGCCAACUGCAUGGCUCCCAGCCAGAACUGUGUGAGCAAGGGCAAACUGCUCACUGACGUGUGAGGACGCACUCGGCGCCACUGUAAAUAAUGUAGAAAUAUAAGCAGCUUUUCUUCAUCAUCUAAAAAACUUCAUUGCACAUAGACUACUCAAAAGAGGAGGAUUAAGUCAGGACAGAAAUAGUCAUUAAGUGGACAUUUUAUUAUAAAAACUUAUUUUUUAUUAUUUAUUUCAUUUUUAAGAUGCUUGUAAAGCAAGACAUUUUGAGGAGCUUAUAAAGUAAAAUUGUGGAAAAUAUUUUAACCAAAAAUAACCAUUUAUUUUAUCGCAGUGAAAGACACUCUUUUUUUUUUUUUUUUUUUUCUUUUUCAAGUCAACACUCUUCUCCAAUUCGUUAACAAGCAAAGGAAAUUCUAGCACAUUCAAAAUGAUUAUAAAUCACAACUUGAAGCAGGUUUGAUUUAUACAAGUUGAUAAUGUGCACAUGAUGUAUGAUACAAUCAACAGAGACAUUGUUUGGCUUAUAGCUGUAUUACUAUUAUUUUUUUUACGGUAAAUGUUUGAAACAGGAAACUGAUCAGGCACCUUAACGGACCGAUGGUGGGCUUUGUGGAAGACCUAUACUGCACUGCUGCUGCUACACACUGGAGGAUGAUGCAAUGCAAAGCUCCUUUAUAUAAAGCUUGGAAUGCGCAUGUGGAGGAUCUCUCCUGUCUUAUAAUGGCAUGCACAAGCCAUCACCUCAUUUCAUGUCUUUUACUCACUUCUGCCCAUCCUGGAUCACGCUGAUUUGUUUUCACCAAAAGUGCACUAGUUAUUUAAUUCAUUUUAACAUUGAGGUGUUGAAUGUUAACUUAUCAAGGAAACAGGAACACUUUUCAAAGACCAUGGCAUGAUCAAAAACAAAGCGAUAAGGCCUAUUAGCUAAAGCUUUGUAUACUCAGUGCAUGAUGUCAGGGCAAGGGGAACUGUGACCCUUCUCAUUACACAUCAGGUGCAUGAUGGAGCUAACUGCUAAUGGACAAAUCUGCUUCAGAAAAUAUCAAACGCUAAAAAGAUAUAAUUAUUCAAAUACAACAUCUUCCUUUAUGUUUCUUCAAAGCUCUCUAAUGGUCAAGUGCAUGAUAAUAUUCAAUUGUGACCUACUUUUUAUUUGACUUUAAAAUCUUAGGAAGGAUAGUUAUAAUAGCAAAACAGAUUUCAUUGCUCUAACUAAAAUUAGUUGCCUAGUGCCUUGAACCCUGUCUCAUUUUAGAACUGAGUGAAGUGCCUCCCAAAGAACAGCUCAUCUUCUCCUGCCAUAAAGAUGCACUGCAGACACACAAACAGACAUCACAUUUUAGUCAGUCUCCUUUGCACCAUGCAUGAGGGAUGACACAUGGCAGCAAUGCACAGCUAUUGGAGGUGGUUUUCUAUAUAAAGAUAACAAAAAUAAAAGACAAACAAACAAAAUUAAUUCCUAAAUAAAACUGCCAAACUUUGCACUGCCUUCUCAUGCAACUACUGCUGACAAGAUACUAUCUUGACAAUUUUGGAAACUGACAUGCACCAAUUAAAUAAGUCUCUUGAUUGUGUUAAAGUGAAGAGACUACUGUCUGACCACACAACACAACUGUCGUAGACAUUGUAGCUCUAGAUAGGUUGUGUAUAGACAAAUGAUAAUCUUAAGACUGGUUAUAAUGCAGCUUUAGAUGCAUUUAAAAUUAAUUGACAGCAACAUGGUGAUUUGGAAAUGUGUUUACCUUUUUACUAUUUAUUGACAACUAAGGAUGCUUACUGACACAAUGUAUUGUAACAGUCAAUAAUGGGUCUGAAUUAAAACUGCUGUAAACCUACAGAUUUAAAUGUUACACCAGAUUUGAUCCUUUGUGAUUUGGGAUACAAUUCUGAGAGCAUGUAAUCAUCAGUAAUUGUAAUACCAAUUGCUCAUACAGAACAUUCCUAAAGUUGAUCAGCAUAUCACUGCCCAGACACCAGAACAGACCCAGUAGUUUCCAUGCUCAACAUCUGUAUCUAAAUGCCUCACAGUAGCAUUGCAUUGCUGUGUUAUCAUGCAGUUGUCAUGAAAAAGAUCCCUUUAAUCAUUUUGGAUGGCUCCAUGAAAAGCAUGCAGUGAGUUGCGAGGAGUUAUCAAAUCUGAACAUAUUUAAAAAUAUACACUCCACAACAUGGGGAGUUGGUUAGAGAUAGUUUUCUGUAUCUGUAACUGUUCAUUUGUUUGAGUAGGCAAAAGUUCCUACAACAAACUUAACAGGACCAAAUGCAAAUGUAGUAUUGUUUUUGCAGCAAAAUGCAAGGUACAAAAUAAACUGUUUUCUGUGUAGAAACUUUACUAAAUAUUACAUUUUUUUAAAGUACUAAUUUAAAUACAGUUUAUAGAUUAGACCAUCAUGUCAGAAUAUAUUGCAACAAAGCAAUGGUUUUUUUGUUUUUUUAAAAAUUGAUUUUACAGUGAAGUCUACCUGCAUGGUAAAUGAAGCGAGAAAUGCAUGAAAAUCAUAACUAAUGCUGGUGACAUGUUUCAGCUCAACUGGUGAAAAACAAUAACUAUUAUUCUGUCUCUCAUAAGACUUCAGGAUGGAUCUGUUUUUACAUUUAUAUGUUUUAAGUGUCUCUAUUUCAAUUUUGCCAAAGCCAUUUCCCUUGAAAAUCUACAUUUUUGUGAAGGCCCACUUUGGGUCACCUACAACCAUUUGUUUAAUAGCCUGUUCUGGUUUGCAAUCUGCUGGUGAGGCAUAGUCUAUAACCUAUGCAAGGUUCUUCAACAAUAACUGUCCAUUUUGAUUUCUGAUCAAAUAAAUUUGGAAGUGGAAUGGUGAAAUGGU